UCUGAUUUCAUUUCAGUCACUGUGAGGGCUUUACAGAGGUUUUAGGGUUCUAAACAUAAACACAGAUAGAUAGAGACACAAUGUCAGCUUCAAUCGCCGGAAGAACCACAAUUCUGCGCGCCUUUUGCAGAGCAGCAACAACAACAACAACAACAACAACGCCAAGAAUUUCAAGAACCACAUGCCUCCCUUCCAUUCGCUCCAAUUCCACGCCUCGUUGCCCCACUUCACGGCUGUUGCGAAGAGAAUUGAGCUCGCUUCAACCCCUCCACAGCUCCAUUGCUGCUGCUUGCCUCGUCUCCAAGCUCCCAAAUCUAGCUGCCUCCUCCUCUGAAGGUAGAUUUGUGAACUAUCUCAGUCCUAUCUAGGAGGGAGUGCUUGCAGAGAUCAGAGUUCUUUCCUUGUUCAUGAGUUUGCCGAUAAGUUCUUUCAGAAAAUCAGAAUGCCUGUCUUUCAAGGUUAACCGCUGAACAUGUUUUUGUUUAAAUUAUAUAGAAAAUCUUUGGCAUCACUUGAAAUUCUUCUACUUUUUACAUGGUGAAUUAAAGUUAGACUCAUGACUGAAAAUGAUGUUCUUGUACUGUUUUCAAGUAAUGUCAUAUGACUCGUAUCAAAUCAUUUGUAUCAAAGUAAUAAAUAAAAUGACUUGAGAUGUUAAUCUUGGGAAAA